AUGUCGACCACUCUAGUCCAUACCAAGUCCACUCCUACUCAGACUCACAAUGAUGACUCCAAGAGUGCUAUCGAGCGACUGUCGCAUGGCGUGACAAUUACCGGGAUUCCAUCCUUCACGUCUUUGGAAAAGGAGCGUCGCUGGAUGCUGGAGCAUAUGGCCGGUGCGUUCCGAGUAUUUGCCCGGAAAGGCUUCGCAGAAGGCCUUGCUGGACACAUCAGCUUGAGAGAUCCUGAGCAUGCUGAUUGUUUCUGGACGAACCCAUAUGGGGUACACUUUGGUCUUAUUAAAGUCUCAGACCUCAUUCUCUUGAAUGAACAGGGUGAGCCUGUCGGAGGCGCAACUCACCUUCCAGCCAACGCAGCCGGAUUCGAGAUCCAUUCUCACCUGCACAAGAGAUACCCGCACGUCAAUGCUGCGUGCCACACGCACUCGAAGUACGGCAAGGCAUAUUCUGCAUUUGGCAGGAGGCUGGAGAUGAUAAACCAAGAUGCCUGUGACUUUUAUGGGGAUGCGCACGCUGUCUAUCCUGAGUUUGGAGGUGUUGUUCUCUCUGCCGACGAGGGAGCAAAGUUGGCCGAGUGCUUAGGACCGAAGGGCAAGGCUCUUAUCCUCCAGAAUCACGGACUACUCACAGUUGGUCGAACCGUUGACGAAGCGACAUAUCUCUACACAUUGAUGGAGCGAUCCUGUGAGGUGCAACUCCUUGUAGAUGCCGCGGCAGAGGGAAGUGGCAAGCAAAAGAUGUUUGCAAAUGACCAGGCUUGCGAGUUCACCUUUAACGCUGUCAGCGAUCCGGAGGCCCUUUAUUGCGCGUUUCAGCCUGAUUAUGAGAUGGAAAAGGUGCUGGCAAACGGCGACUUCCUUAAUUAG